UUGUUCGUAGUUGGUAGCAAUGACUGUCACUCGGAGACUUGUCAAUUUCAAAACUUAUAAGGUUAUAAUUAUUUGUUUGUUGUUUGUUUGAAAACAGGAAAAUGAAGAAAGGCGCAAAAAAGUGGUUAGGUCUUCAAUUUGACUUUGAAGAAAACUCAAAGACAAUUCCAUCUACAAAUUGUACCACAGUUGAAGUAAAGAAAUCCAAAAGUGACUUGUCUGCACUAAAGAAACGCACUUUUAAUUUCCAACUUCACUUGAAGCCUAAAAUUGUGACAGAUCUGGCGGUUCAUUCCAAAAAAAUUGGCGAAGUGGAAUCUUGGUUACAACUGAAUGUCAUUAACAGACCAAAGAACUCUGUAUGCAAUCAGACUGCGAGUUUCUUGCUGAUUUGUGGCCCCACGGGGUCCGGAAAAACCGCCACCAUUCAAGUUCUGUGCAAAAAACUGGGUAUUGAUAUUUCAGAGUGGACAAACCCUGUGGACCAGGAGUUUGACUUCUACAGGGGAGUGAACCAAGUUACAGGGUUUACUGAGUUUUUGACUGAGUCCAAGUGGAACUCUUUGUUUUCUGUCAGUGAUAAAAAAAUUAUUUUGGUUGAAGAUUUUCCAAAUGCUUUGGUGAGGAAAUCUGAGGAUUUUGGCGCCGUUUUAGAGGAGUGUUAUUACAAAGGGAAUUACCCUAUUGUUUUUAUUUGCACUGAUUCUAAUGACAGUAAGAUGAAUUUAUCAGAGAAAUUGUUUACUCAAGAUUUAAGAAAUAAAUAUAAAAUAGUGGAAAUAAGUUUUAACGCAUGUGCCAUGACAUUGUUACGAAAUGCGCUCAAAAGAGCCCACAAUCUUGUCCAAGACAACUUAGACUUAUUUAAAACACCGUCACCAGAGACAGUUAAUGCGAUAAUAGCGACUUCAAUGGGUGACAUUAAAUGUGCCAUAAACCAGUAUUACUUUGCCAGUUUAUUAGGAACUGCAGAUUUGCCCACCGUAUCAACCAAAAAACCCCAGAAAACUGGUACCAAAAGAAAACGUACGGAAACCUCUUCCUCAGUCCAGUCAAUGUCCAGGGAUCAAACUUUAGGCCUAUUUCACGGCGUCGGCAAGGUCCUAAACCCCAAACGCGUCGAAACUGGGGGCUCCUGGCGCCUAAAUUGCGACCUCCAAAAACUAAUUGACGAAUUUAGCACGCAACCGACGUCUUUCAUCGCUUUUCUUUUUGAAAAUUAUGUAAAAUAUUACGGAAAUUUGGACGAUGUUUGUGCAGCAGCUGAAAUUUUGAGUUUAUCACAAACUUUUCUUGAAAAAUGGGUGGAUAGACAGGAUGUUUUGCCAUUCUCGUUGUGGGUUGCGGUGAUGGGUUUGAUGAUUCAUAAUGAACAUAGAGUGAUGAAGUGGACGCCGAUAACGGGACCAAAAAAAACACAAAAAAAGGUGUCUGAGAGGGACGUUACUGAUUUGUACUACCGCAAUAUAAUUAACAACGUUGAAAAUUCCCGAUUUGAUGUUACAGUGUGAUUUUCUAAUAAAAGUUUGGGUGUUUUUA